AUAAGCUAGUGUGAUUAAAAUGGGGUGCCUUGGUGGUGGUUAAGCAAAAGAGCAAAAAAUCUCCUCUGCUUCGUCGCCUCCUCUCUCUCUCUCUCUCUCUCUCUCUCUCUCGUUGUAGAUAUCUCUCUCUCUCUCUCUUGCGUGGAAAUGGCGGAGGAGAAGGAUGUGGUGAAGCACGUGCUCGUCGCCAAGUUCAAGGACGAGGUCGCUCCGGAGAAGGUGGAGGAUCUCAUCAAGGGAUACGCCAAUCUCGUCUCCCUCAUCGAGCCCAUGAAGGCCUUUCACUGGGGAAGAGAUGUGAGCGUGGAAAACAUGCAUCAAGGAUUCACCCACGUGUUCGAGUCGACUUUCGAAAGUCUCGAAGGGAUCGCAGAGUACGUUGCGCACCCGGCCCACGUCGAGUUUGCCAAUCGGUUCCUUCCUGCGCUCGAGAAGGUCAUCAUUGUCGAUUACAAACCAACUGCGGUCGAUCAACAGUAAGGCAAAAUCGACGAGGCGAGCGAGCGAGCGAACGACGUGUGAGAUAUCUUUCUUUCGAGGUGGAGAUCGAGAUUUGUCCGCGCCAGUAUCGGAACUUGUUUGUGGCAACUGUUCUUGCUUUGUUCUAUAAACUCUUGUGGUUUUGUACUUUCAGUUUGUGAGUCAUUGAACAAUGUUGUAACUUUGAGAUUGAGAAUGUUCACCUCACCAAUUCAUCUUUGAAUAUAUAUAUAUAUAUAUAUGCUGGAGAUUUAGAAUGUGA